UCCGACUCAUGCGCAGAAGACGCCAGUGUCGUUGUAGAAUUUCAGACGGCGGAGCCACGAGUGUCUUCAUCUUGGAAAUAAUCGGUGAAAUAACGGAAUAUCUCGGUUCCGGUCAGCAGCCCGGGGUCGUGUGAGCUCCCCGCUCCGUUAUGGGUCCCGUUGUUCUUGCUGCUGGAGCUUUUUAUCGGUGAAAAAGUCAAGAAAAGGUCCAGAUGUGGCCGCCACCUCUGCUCAGGCUCCUGUUCAUGAACGGCGAGGACUCUUGGAUCGAUCGGUGGCGGCUCGGCCUGGAGGGAUGACAGACAUGGAGGCCGGAGAGACUCGUUCCCUCAGACGACACUCUGCACCGUAGAGGCCCUCAGGACUACACACAAGCCAUUUUUGUGUUUUUUUGUAACUGUUUUUUUGUAAGUUAUUGCCAAGCCAUAACCGUCAGGAUGAGCUCGGAGGGCUUCCAGUACCGAGCGCUGUACGACUACAAGAAGGAGCGCGAGGAGGACAUCGACCUGCAUGUGGGCGACAUGCUGCUGGUCACUAAAGGAGCUCUGCUGGCACUGGGCUGCAGCUCUGGAGCAGAAGAACGACCGUCAGAGAUCGGCUGGCUGCCGGGAUUCAACGAGACCACACAGGAGAAGGGUGACUUCCCCGGGACCUACGUGGAGUUCGUGGGCAGGAAAAGGAUGUCUCCGCCCACUCCGAAGCCCCGCCCAGCCAGACCGCCGUCGGCAGCGUCGGCGAGGACGGACUCGGAGUCAGAGGGCUUCCUGCUGCCGGACCUCCCGGAUCAGUUUGGACCUCCAGACUCGGCGCCGCUCCUCAGCAGACUGAUGGAGGCCGUGGAGUCUAAAGGUCUAGACAGUCCUGGUCUGUAUCGCAGCGUGACCGGAGGAGGUCUGGACUCUCGGCAGCUCUCGGACUCGGACCUGGAGCAGCUGGAGGUGCCGUCCCUGUGUGAUGGGGUGAUCCGGUUCCUGCAGGACCUCCCCGGCCCGGUGCUGCCGUCCUCUCUGCAGACCGACAUGAUCCACGCCGUCCAGGAGGUCCGAGACCCCGAGGACUGCGCCCAGGUGCUGAGGGGCGUGGCCAACUCGCCCACCUGCCCCGCCCAGUACGGCCUGACGCUGCUCAGCGUGGUCCGACACCUGGCCCGGGUCUGUCUGCACGGAACCAGGAACCAGCUGAGCCCCCGGAGCCUGGCCGAGAGCUUCAGCCCGCUGCUGUUCAGACACACAGCUGCAGGGUCUGAGUCCGGUCUGGAUCCACUGGUCCAGGUUCUGGAGGUUCUGAUCACCAGCGAGCUCAACAUGAACCAGGCAGCACCAGCUUUACCUCCUAAACCCGUGAAGUCUUCGGCUCCGGCGGCCUCCAGCAGCUUCAACAACAGCAUGGCGCUGCAAGACGCUGAGUGGUACUGGGGAGACAUUUCAAGAGAGGAGGUGAACGAGAAGCUGAGGGACACGGCCGACGGUACGUUUCUGGUCCGAGACGCCUCCACCAAGAUGCACGGAGAUUACACUCUGACUCUGAGGAAAGGAGGCAACAACAAGCUGAUCAAGAUCUUCCACCGCGAGGGGAAGUAUGGCUUCUCCGACCCGCUGACCUUCAGCUCGGUGGUGGAGCUCAUCAACCAUUAUCGCCACGAGUCUCUGGCCCAGUACAACCCCAAGCUGGACGUCAAGCUGCUAUACCCGGUGUCCAAACACCAGCAGGACCAGGUGGUGAAGGAGGACAGCAUCGAGGCUGUGGGCAAGAAGCUGCACGAGUACCACCUGCAGUACCAGGAGAAGAACCGGGAGUAUGACCGGCUGUACGAGGAGUACACCAGGACGUCUCAGGAGAUCCAGAUGAAGAGGACGGCCAUCGAGGCCUUCAACGAGACCAUAAAGAUCUUUGAGGAGCAGUGCCAGACGCAGGAGCGCUUCAGCAAAGAGUACAUCGAGAAGUUCCGCCGCGAGGGCAACGACAAGGAGAUCCAGAGGAUCAUGGAGAACUACGACAAGCUGAAGUCUCGGAUCAGCGAGAUCGUGGACAGCAAGUGUCACCUGGAGGUGGAUCUGAAGAAGCAGGCGGCCGACUACAGGGAGAUCGACAAGAAGAUGAACAGCAUCAAACCAGACCUGAUCCAGCUGAGGAAGACCCGGGACCAGUACCUGAUGUGGCUGACGCAGAAAGGAGUCCGACAGAGGAAGCUGAACGAGUGGCUGGGGCUGAAGAACGAAACCACAGAGGACGAGUACAGCAUGGUGGAGGAUGAGGAGGACCUUCCUCACCACGACGAGCGUUUGUGGCGUCUGGGAAACAUCAACCGGAGCCAGGCCGAGUCUCUGCUGAGAGGGAAGAGGGAUGGAACCUUCCUGGUCCGAGACAGCAGCAAACCGGGCUGCUACGCCUGCUCUGUGGUGGUGGAUGGGGAGGUGAAGCACUGCGUCAUCAACAAGACCAGCACCGGCUUCGGUUUCGCCGAGCCCUACAACCUGUACGGCUCCCUGAAGGAGCUGGUGCUGCACUACCAGCACACCUCGCUGGUGCAGCACAACGACUCGCUCAACGUCACGCUGGCCUUCCCCGUCUACAGCCAGCAGAGACGGUGACCACGACGACCGCCACCACCACGACCAGCGCCACGCCUUCACCGCCUACCCGACCACGUUUCCCUGUACGGAAAGCCGGAAGUCGCGGUCAGUUGGUUAAACUGUGGAGCAGUCCUGGAGCUUCAGCGCUAAAAUAUUUAACUGUGAACGCGUGAAACUUGAACUCUGACGAGGAAAAAAACGAGCAGCUCCACGUGAAAUUUAAAAGACUUUACAGAAAAACUGAAUAUCAUCGGGACUGCAGAUCCAAGACGAGGUUUUCACGUUUCAGCUCGGCAUCACAUGGGAACCUUUUAGUUUAUCAGGCUGAUGUUGUUGAAGUCUUUCCUCCAUUUACUUUCUAAAUGAUCAACUGAAAACCAGAUGCAGCAUCUGGAUGAUCAGUCACUAGUAGAAAUCCAGUUUAAAGAGUCACAAUACAACCACAAAGAGUCGCAAAAUGACUACAAAGAUGCAAAAAACAACCACAAAGACACACAAAACAACCAGACAGACGCAAAAAGAAUACAACAGGACAUGAAACAACCGCAAAGAUGCAAAACAACCACAAAGAGCCACAAAACGACCACACAGAGACCUAACACGACGACGAGACCCAAAACGACUACAAAAAGAUCCACCACGACAACAGAGACACAAAACAACCACAAAGAGGUGCUAAAGCAACAAAACCAGUCUCUUGUACCUGGAACGUCUUUGUCUGGCCAAAAACAAAACGUCACCAUGUCUUCCGUGACGAUUAAUGAUACAAAGACGUGACAAAUUAGCAUUUUCCCCAUGACUUGUGUGGUCACUACAAAAUGCAUGGCACUUUUGAGCUUGAAAAUAUCCAAUCAACGCUUUUUUAAAAAAGAAAUUACUUAAAAAAUGAGACGUCUUUUUCUGCCUAAAGCCCUUCACUGCUUCAAGCUAAAGGACAAAAUACAAGUUCAGGAACAUUCUCCUUCUCCAGAGCUCAUCAGUUUGAGGACAAAAGUCACUUUUUAGGCCCAAAUCAUGUCUGUUAGCUACAACAGCCUACUUAAUUACUCUCAUAAGUUAAUCGAUUAUAGAUUGAUAGUUAAUAAUUAUCAAUCCCACCCAUGUGAUUCUGACCUGAGUCUGUAGAGAAACCAGAACCUUCAUCAACUUUUGGCUGCGUCUGAUUGAAACUGAUCUCUUACUUUAAUCAGAACUACAAACCAGAACUACAAACAUGGCCGACGACGAUGAUGAUGAUGUCAGAGGAAGAAUGUGGGCAGAAAACACUUGACACUGAACUUCUGCUUUAAUGCGAUUUUGCUCAAAUUCAGAGUUUAAAGGAAUUUCAUUUGAAAAUUAAACGUAUUUGAUUGAAACUGAAUUCUGUUGCUCGGAAACUUAAGUUCAACUCUGCUUACAUCCAUAUAGAGGUCUCAAAAUCCUAAAGUCAGUUUACAUGGGCAGAAAUAUGAGGUACAACAAACUGAAUUAACUGAAUGUGAAUUGUUGAAAUACUUGAGCUUGAAUAAAAAAUGAGCUUGAAAAGCAGAAACUGGAUUUGAAUAUUGAACGCCUAUGAAGAAGGUGGACUGAGUUGGAUUUACAGUGAGGCUCAAACGGUGUUUCAAAGUAAAGCUUUGAGUUAGAAAAUAUCUGAUGGAAGUCAAAUUCAGUUUUUUGCACAUUUAUUGUAAUGGUUACAUUAUAUUGGAAUUUUCUAGUGGUUUUAAGUUCCCUGAAAGCCACUGGAAACCAUUCCAAUAUCACUCCAAAAGGCAGUCGUCCAACAGCAGUCCAUUGACAGCAUAAAACCACUCCAAAAACUGUUCAAUAACUAGUCUACAACCUGUCCAAAAACCAGAAUAAAACCAAUCUACAACCAAUCUAAAAUCCAGAACAAAACCAGUCUACAAGCAGUUCAAGAACUAUUCUAAAACCACUAGAAACCAUUCCAAUAUCAGUCCAAAAGCCAGUCUAAUACAAGUCCAACAGCAGUCCAAAAACCGCUUGAAACACUCCAGAAACUGUUCAGAGUAGUCUACAACAGUUCCAAAACCACUCCAUAAACCGGUCUACAAGCAGUUCAAGAACUAAUCUAAAACCAUUAAACCAUUCCAAUACAAGUCCAAAAAACUAGAAUAAAACCCAUCUAGAAACACUUCAAAAAUCCCUUCAAAAUCUGUUCAUACACCAGUCCUAAAACCAAAAUAAACCAGUCCAAUACAUGUCCAGAAGCUCCAAGAUAAAACCAGUCUACAACCAGUCCUAAACCCCCUCCAAUGACCAACCCCAAACCAGUUCAAAAAGUCCAAAAUCUGUCCUAAAACCACUAGAAACCACCCCAAUACCAGUCCAAAAACCAGUCAAAUACAGGUCCAAAAGCAGUCCAACACCUGGAUGAAAGCUAACAUAUGUACGCAAUUGUGAUUCAAGUUGAGCUAAUUCAAAUCUAAUUGAUGGAAGUUCAGUUUCAAGCGGCCCAGAAGAAGCAUUUUUCUGGAAACACUGUGAGUGAACGAGGUUUGAAACGAGGCUGAUCAAGGCUUCAUCUCCAAAGACUCGACUUUCCCUUUGCUUCCCUUCAGGUUUGUUUUGUUGCUGGAUUUUAAAGAGUUGUUUGAGCGGACGGACGAAUAGAUGACUUGUUUUAUUGCUCACCUUCCCCAAACGUCAGGAUCCUCCGAUCUCCUCAUUCUGAACAGAAAAAACUGAAACUAUAAAAUCAGGAUCUUUGGAGCUGGACUUGUGGACGUUAGUCUUCACGGAUUAUUUCUUCUUCUUCUUGUUUUUGUGACCCGGUACAGGAAGUGAAACUGUGCGUCCGUUGUCAUGGAAACCACCCGACAGCCUCCGGUGUUGUCCGUUUAUUCAGGCUUCCGUUUUUCUGACUUUCUGGGAAAAAACUCGCUUGAAAUUGAAACCAAAUUAGUGAAACGAGGAACAAACGCUGGAUGACGUGUCCGGAGCUCUGACGAAUCAAACAGAAGGUUUUAUUUCGACGUUCUGCUGCGUAUUCGUUUUCUUCUGGAACCUCCUCAGACUUUUAUUCAUCAUAUUCAGUCCAGUGUUUUCACAUCGGAGGUCUGUGUGCUGACUGUUGGAGCCAGAAAUGAAAUAGUUUCAUAUUUUUCUCAUCGGUUUAUCGAUUCCUUCCCACCAGAAUGAACUCUGCAGCUGCACUCGUUGAUCAAUGCACUUAUUGAUUUCUAGAUGUUCAGAUCACAAAAUGGUGUUCCGAUACUAAACGACACAAGCGCUUUAGAGGAAACUGACCGAUGUUUGCUUUAAAAAGUCACCUUAAAGGUGAGGAUGACUAUUGGCAUUUUUACUUAUAUAUUUGACCAAUUAUCACAGUUAUCAUGGAUUCGUAUUCUAAUCAGUUUAAUAAACACACGACUCAAAGAAUUAAUCUUAAAUUUAGACUCCUCAUCCAAAAACAUCCAGUGAUUUUUCUCAUAGAAGUUACUGGAUGUGGAAUAAUUAUUAUUUCUGUUAAUUACAUUUACAGAAAACUUCCAGGUUUUUUGAAUUCCAGACCAAAAGGUGAGGAUUUCUCACCUCAUUUCAGGGACUAUAUUCUCACUGUUUCUCAUUUUUAAUUGAUUAUCAAACGUUUGAAUUCAGAUGUUCUUCAGGUGAAUAAUUUAAGUCAAACCAGCUGUGAAGAAAUUUUGUUUUGACCCCAACAGAGCAAAGAAAUCUAGUAUUACCUAAUAAUGAACGUGAACCUCAGUGGGCCCGGAGCAGAGCCCUGAGGAAUGCCACAGUUAAUACCGCUGCUUCAUUUUCAGGUUUAAUUCAUGAUCAAUGCAGAAAUAAUCAAAGAUGAUUAAACCGAGGUCGCGUCAUUCCAGCUUUAAAGUCAUUCCACAGUUAUUAAAAACAUUUAUUAGUAGUUUUUCUUAUAAAUGGAGCUCCUGUUAUUAAUUUAUUUUCUGAUUCGUUUCUGGCCUCAAAGUGAAAGAACAUUCCGACUGAAGGCUUCGUUUUUGGCUAUUUUUCUUUUCAUACAAUUUACAAGAUUUAGUGUUUUUGCUUAAGUCGUGCUGCAUAAAUAUAUGACUCCUCUUUAUUUCAGCAUUUCCCGACAGUAUUCUGAGCUGAAAACAAUAAAAAUACUGACUGGUAUUUUUUAAAUUCUUGGUAUCGGUUGGUUUCGUUGAGCUCCUUCUCGGUUCCUUUCAGAACCACAUUUCUGUGUUUUGUUUGGUUUUUCUCAGUGUUACUGAAAAUCUGUGUGAAUUCCGUGAACACUGUAUUUUCUGUAUCAGAAACCUGUUUUUUUUUUUCGUUUGUUUCUUUUCUCCUCUCUUUGCUUCUCUUUGCUCAUGAUGUCGAUGUCAGAAUCCCAGACAAUAAAGCACCAGAACCUUGAA